AUGGAAAUACAACUUGAAAAAAACAUUUCAUUUGAGUCUUCUUUCAAUACUGAAGAUACGGCUAACAGAUUGGGUAUUCGUGGUUGGUGCAUGAACACAAAAGAAGGAACUGUCAAAGGAGUCAUCGAGGGUCCUCAAAAUGUGUAUAAUGAAAUGCGACAUUGGCUGGAAAAAACUGGAAGUCCUCAAUCAAAAAUUGAAAAAGCAACAUUUUCUGAACCAAAAAUUUUGAACGAAUAUAGUUUUCAAGACUUUGAAAUUCGUCGAGUGAAGAAAUAAAUAUUUGAUCAGAAUUGUCGAAAACGUCUAUUGAUGAACAGGUAUAAAUCAUUUAUUUAUAAAAAAUUCGUUAAUACCUAUUUGUAUUGAAAAAAAACUUCAAACUUAAAUAAAAUAAAAUUAUUAUAAAGAAAAUU